UGGCGCAUUUCCAAUUUCCAAUUUCCAAUUUCCAAUCUCGAAACUCGAAAGUCCAAACUCCAUCAAUUCCUCAUCGACCACAACAAUCUUGACGCACUGACCCGACUUCUUGCCAUGUCAAUUCAUUAACUCUUGUCCUUCUCUGAUGUAUUUAUGCCUUCAUGCCUCUGAGGUAUUGUAAUCUGUCAAUAACUUACCCUCAAAAUGCCUCGACGUCCUGGUCGCGCGGCCGCUAAGCGUGCUGCUGCAAAGCUCGAGAGCACUCCGAAAACAUUCGAAGAAAUCGAGGAUGAGCCAAUGCCCGAUGUCGAUGCAUCGGAUGUAGAAGAGAGGGCCGAACCUGAGGAUCAGGAGAAUGAGGAAGAGUCCGGUGUAGAUGCGGAGGACAACCAAGAUAGUGACAUUCCUUCUGCCAAAUCACCCACACCACCUCCCGCGCCUGUUGUACGACGAAGACGUCUGGGUCGUCCUCCUAAGAAUAGACCACCUGACUGGGACACUUUGCCAAUUGAGUCACCUCAGCGCGAUCCGAAUGACCCGCCCAGACGACGUGGUCGUGGAGGAUGGAGAGGCAGAGGUGGCCGAAAGGGUGCAUCCUUUCAACCCACCCAGCAAACCAUUGACAAGGAGGGUAACAUGAUGGACAUUGUCGACGACGAGGUUGCCCUACCAGAAGAUGCCGAAGGAGAGACCAAGGUGGAUAAGAAUGGUAUUUUGCAAGGAGGCCGAGAAUACCGCUGCCGCACAUUUACCGUUGCAGGUCGUGGAAGUCGCCUGUACAUGUUGUCAACUGAACCGGCCCGUUGUGUCGGAUUCAGAGAUUCGUACCUUUUCUUCACCAAACACAAGCGACUCUACAAGAUCAUUGUGGAUGAUGAGGAAAAACGCGACAUGAUUGAACGUAAUAUCAUUCCCCAUUCUUACAAGGGCCGUGCGAUAGGAAUAGUAACGGCACGGUCAGUCUUCCGGGAAUUUGGCGCGUUAAUCAUUGUUGGCGGCAAGAAAAUUGUGGACGAUUACGAAGUGGCCAAGGCUCGAGCUGAGGGUGCCGUAGAGGGUGAACUAGCCGACCCCAACGACCGGUACACUGAAGGUGCUACGUACAACAAGAACCAAUACGUUGCUUGGCACGGUGCAAGUGCUGUUUACCACUCUGGAGCUCCUUCUGUUCCGAUGCAGAACGGCAAGGUAGAUAUUAAGAAGAGGCGGGUGAACGUGACGGAUGUCAACUGGCAGCUUGAGCAUUCUCGUGAAGCGAGUCGCUUUAACUCCGAUAUUGGUGCAAUUCGACGUCAAAAUCUAUCCGGCGUUUACGACGUGCACACCAACAUCAUGCAAUAUCCCGCCACUAUGCAACCAACGCAUGCAAGAUUCGAGCAAGUUAUGGAUUCCUCUUCAGCGAGCGAUAGUGCUCGCUUCCCUCCAUUAGAUUCCAAGAUCCCUCGUAACUUUAAGGUCAUCGACGCGUACAUGGAGACACCACCUGCGGGUGUUUCGUCUGCCGUAUACGAACAACGCGAAGUGCCCGGCUUCCUGGCCGAGUUCCAGGGACUCGGGGCCAUACCAAAAGAGAUCUUGGACGAGCUCCCUGCUGAGUGCCGAGGGGCAUUUGACAAAGCCCUUGAUCAGGAGAAUGCCUGGAAAUCGAAGUGGGGUCCGGAGUCGGUCAUGGCGCACCGUAGACCCCCCAUCAUUGAUGCUGCUAUCGUCCCCUAUCCUAGGAUGUAGGGCAUAUGGCAAGCAAUCUUACAUGAUGAGAUACUAAAUGUACUGACGUGGAAUACUAUUCAGGCGUCGAGUACCUAUUUAGGUACCUAAGCCCCUGCAAAGGCUAAAAGCCCACCAGCAAUUUACUCGAUGUCGUCUUUAGCAACUCGAUCUGAAGGGCCAAUCUCAACGAAAAGAAAAGUCUGAACCAUGAAAGAGAAUCUGUGUGAACAGAUGACUGCCAUUGACGAAUGGAACGCAAGAAUAAAGCCAUGCGAUCAAUGUAAUAAUAGUGUAAUUGAGGCGUUUAUCGGUCGUGGUUACGGAAAGCAUGGUGUUCCAUGUCUAGAUGAUAUCAGAGGUCAGGCUGGAUAAGUACCUAGGUUUAGUGAUGGCGAUGACAUUAAAGGCUGUAUAUGCCUAACUACUACCUAAUGCAGUUCCCAGGCUAUUGCUUGACUUUGUUAAUGAAUCCAUUUCGCUAUAUUCUUCUCAUUUUAUAAACCAAACUCCUAGCACCUAUUGACUUGAGUAUUUCUUCAUACCACCCACCAAGCAAGCUCACAUUCUUAUGUGCCGACUAAUAACUAAUAACUACC